CGGUCCGGAUGCACUGCUACCUUUCUAGCUGACCCUGUGCUUUCCCCGGCAGAAGGGGCGCGGCUCCCGCCGGAUGGUGAUCACCCUGCCCGGGGUGCUGGAAUACAGCACCAAAAUCAGGACGUUCACUGUGGCUGGGGAAGUGGUGCAGGAGAUCUGUGAGCAGAUGGGGAUCAGCGAGCAAGAGGAGAUCCAGGAGUUCGCUCUCUUUGUCAGCAAGAGCAGUGGGAAGGUGGUGAGGCCCAUCCGCCAGGAGGAAUACGUCCACGACUACCUGCUGGAGGACGGCUCCGUGAUGCUGGAGUUACGCCGGGUCGCCUGGAAGACUCCCCUGCACUUCGACAACGAGAUUUACCUCAGCAUUCACUACAGCCAGGUGCUGCAGGAUUACCUGAGAGGGAAGCUGUUGCUGAACUACAACAGUGACCUAGAGAAGCAGGUGGGCAGCAUGGCCCUUGUCCAGCACUGGGCCGGAGCCCUGGGCUCCCUGCCAUCCACUCAGGAGCUGAUGGACUAUGUCCCCAAGCCUGCGCUUCAGCGCAUCGACCUCCAGGCUCUCCAAAGCCAAGUCAAGCAACUGCUGGAAACCACGGAGCCACUCGGACAGCAGGAUGCAAAAAUGGAGUUCAUAGAGCGUGUGAUCCAGCUGCCACUCUUUGGCUACAACGUGUACCCCUUGGAGCGGUGCAGUGAGCCCAGGAUCCCACUACCCAGCUUCCUGGGGGUCAACAGGGAUGAGAUCGUGGUCGUGACCAGCGGCUCCCAGGAGCUGUGCUGCCGCAUCCCGCUGAAGGAGGUGCAGAAGAUGCGAACGCUGCGGCCUCUGGAGGACUCCGGGGCACCGGGGCUGGAAGUGAACUAUGGCUCCGCGGCCAAUCCUAAGACCAUGUGGUUUGAACUACUCCAGGCCAAAGAAAUGUACCAUAUGAUCACUGUCCUCGUGGAGGGAGAAUCCCAUCCCUAGAGCCCCAGGCUGGAAGACUGCCAAGCAGAACCUUAGCUCAGAAAGCUGAUCAAUCAAGCACUCCUCUCGCUGGCCUGCAGCAGGGCCAGCCCCAUGCACCAGUCUGCUCUCCAGCCGCCUUGUUCUACAGCACACUGCCCUCUCCAAGGCUGCCAUGCCUGGGCAGCCUGUCCUCCAAGCUGCUUGGUCACCUUACUGCCUGCACCAGUGCCUGCUGGAACCUGGACCUGCACCGCAGUGCUGCGCCUCAGCCCAUCCCAUCCCACCCGCGGCGUGGUUGGCAAGUGAGGAAGGGAAGUCCUUGGGAGUCCUUGGGACUGCACGAUCCUUGGGAGCUGCACGAUCCCACCAGCCAGAGCACAGCACCCAACAGGACAAGGCCCUGGACUUUCACCAGCACCAUCACAACCUGCUACAAGCAAACGGGCCAGGGAAGCCCCUGGAAACCACAGCACUGCAGCCUGUUUUUGCUCUGAAAUCUCCCAAGUGGCAGCAAGGGGGAGACUGCAACUUGGAUUUUGCAUCACCAAGAAAAAGGGCUUGUGAUGUGACUCCUGCUGCUUUCAUAGAUUCAUAGACUUUAAGGUCAGAAGGGGCCAUUAUGAUCAUCUAGUCUGACCCCCUGCACAGUGCAGGCCACAGAAUCUCAACCACCCCUCUUAGAAUAAUCCUCUCACCUAUAUCAAAGAUAUUGAAGCAUUCAAAUACUUUGAAGGACCCAACAUAUGGAGCCUGGCCUCUUCUGCUCUGUCCAAGAGCUGCCAGAGGUAUCGGUUAAUUACAGAGCAUGGCAGGGAGUGAGAAUACGCAGUUACUGUGUCUGCCACGGCAGAGUGUGAGCUGCACACCGGGGAAUGGUGCCUGCUCAUCGAUUUCUUACUGACAGGCGGCAGCUUGUAGGGUUCUUUAGAUUAGAAAGAACUCAAGCGGCCCGUGCAGCACGGUGUUUAAAGGACUGUUUGCUCAGAGGAGGAGGAUACAAAUUGCCCUCCACAGCAGACAGGCAAAAAGCAGACAUAUAUAAAUCCUUAAUUUAUUGUAUUACUACAGAUCUCCAGCUAGGCAAGAAGUGUUAAGCUUCUGGGUGGGGGGAGGAAAAAAACCCCAAAAUAUUUAAUAAGCAAUAAAUUACUAAAAUCUCAGUUGCUUUUGGAGCUAUGAAAAUAAAACCCUGGGCUGCCAUGUGCAGUAGGUAGUAGUGUUACAGGGCACUGGGGGGGAGGGGGGAGCUAAACAGAUGGGAAAGGCAGGGGCUGGAGCAGGUUGGGAAUGAACAGUGCCUAGUGGCUGCCUGUGGAAAGCCAGGCCUGAUGCUCAGCGAGUGAAUCCGCAAUCAGUUCCUAGUAGGUGGCUAAUGUGAUGUGACCAGCAAAGGCAGCGGUUCCUGGUAGUUAAAACAGGGACACUGGGCUAACACAAACGACUUGGGGCCCAGGCUAACGGGCUUUCCUUGCUGACGUUUCCCAGUUUGAGCCAUGAACGCUGCCUUUUAGCUGCCUGUCACGACAGGUAACGGAGGGAGGGCGUGACGGUUGGAGGGGGGGACAGGUUAGCAAAAGCCUCCUCGGGCCGGUGCUCUGGCAGGGGCACGGUACACACCCCGUCCCUAGGAGCCUGAGCACUAGCAGCCAGGAGUGCUACAGGCUGGGCCACUCCAGCAGCAAAGCAAAGUGCAGCACGAGCUGCUAAGCAGAGCCCAGUAUAAAGCGUUAACUCUUAGCAGAGCCCAGCCCAGCCCCAGGGCAAUUCAACCUUCCUUUGAAAUGGCCCCACUGCUUUAGAUUUGUUGCAGGUAUAUUAUCUACCACCCCCUCAGGCGGGGGAGGAGGGGAGAGAGGCUGCCACCAGCUCUAACUGAAACUGGCCCCAUCCAGAGAGAAAGCACAAGUGACAGCAGAGGAAAGAGAAGCCUUUGGGAGUAACACCCGCUGCCAGUUCUCUGUUUUAACCCUCUCCAUCCCCUCCCCCAAAUGGGGCACCCUAGGCAUUCCCUGGCAGGAGCCACUAGGCACAGCAGGGAAGGAGGCAGAUUCCCCUCCCCUGGCAGCCCUCAUGGGUGAAUCAGAACCGCUAACAAAAGUAAAGCGCCAGGAUCCCCCCACUUACAAGGUAGGGGCACUGGAGGGAGGUGGACAAGCGAAGCGCUCAGCUAAGCCAGGAGUUCCAGGGGAUUUUUAGUGGCAAGCCAAAGCAGAGGCCAGAUGAUUUUAUGGCCACUUCUGAAAGGUCCUCGUGCAGAAUGGCUACAGCAUGUCAAGUACUUGUCUUGCUGGGCAUGUGACCGUGCAGGUCUGGAGCACCAGGCUGUUAAAGCCCCUGCUUAGCAAAGUCGCACAUGCUGCUGCAGCACAAGCGGCAAGGGCACAGGUGAAAGAGAAAUGUCUGAGAACAGGCAUAACCACCAGGUCUGCUUUCCCCACCCCCCAGAGCCAGUGCGCUGGAAAGGGAGCCCAGAGAUUCCAGCUAAGAGAAUUGUGGUUUCCAAACCCGCUUGUCCAUUCCUCUCCACCAGCUCCUACCAUUCAGCUCAGCAGUUGCUCGGGCAAGGGAGCAAGUGACUCCACUUUUCCCCAGGCGUUCGCUGUGUAAGGUCCUGCUCAUGCCCAGUAAGGUAACUGGGACCAGCAGAGCACAGCACAGCACAUGUAAUACAAAGAGCCCAUUGCAACUGUCCCAUUCGGUUUAUUGUCCAUUUACUAUGCACCCUGCAGUAACACAAGCCCAGUUUCCCCUGCGGGUCGCUGUAGCAGCACUAUUGCAAGCAAGGCCAAUAUCAGCGCCAGGCAGAGCCCCCAACUACUACAUGUAACAGACAGUCCUGGACACUAGGGUCAUGUUACAACUCACCGACUUCCCCACUUCAGGCCCUUGCAUAACACAGCAGCAGAUGCACCAGAGCUACUGGGGCCAAGUGUCACAGCAGCGGGCAGGUCAUUGGCUGGACCAGCAGCAUCACCCUCUGCCCUAAGUCCCUGGGUUAGGCACAGCGAGCAGAUAUGGCUUCAGGGGCUAGAAGCAAACGCUAGGGAAGUACGUGAACUUUGGUGUUGCUCCCUUGUAACAGCCUGGGGGGCAGUGGCAAGAGAUCUGCCAGUCUGCCCAGGCUAAGGCACUAGUGCCCACGCCAGUGAAAGAGCACCCGGAGGUGGCCAGAGUAAAAACCAAAAUUCAGGGUGUUUAAAAAAAAAAAAA